CGCCCCUCGCCUUCCCCUGCUACAAUGCGAAGACCAAUAUCGAUCCAAAUGGCUCCUCACAUACACAAGUCAGUCAGGUCACGUAUGUGCACUGUGUACAUGGCAGUAGCACCCAAGGUGCAAGCAAGCCAAGAACAAAAUGGUCACUCCUGCAUCUCCGACGACGACGCUGCCGGCGGCCCGGAAGCCGUUGCCCUUGCUCCUCUUCUCCCUCUCGCUCCCUGCCCUCCUGCUGCUGCUCUCCCUCGUCUUCCUCCUCUCGCACACCACCUUCAGCCUCCUCAUCUGCCCUCUCCUCCCGAGGAUGUCUUCGACGCGCAAUGCGACGAGCGCCGGUAGUAGUGGUACCCACCUCGGUGUCUCCAUGGACAAGACCUUGCAAGUCUUCCAUGCCACGAUGCCGACGACACCUUCGAGGCGCAAUGCAACGAGCUCCAGUUCUAGUACGAGCUUUGGUGUCUCAGCGGACAGGACCUUGCAGACAUUCCAUGCCUUCGCGGCGGCGCCACCGCCGCCGCCGGCGUGGCCGGCUGCUCCUUCUGUUACUAAGAGCAGCAGAAAGAAGGCGUCCGCAAAGAGAAACAAGAGCCUCCUCAAGCUCCUGCUCAGGAAGACACCGCAGACGCGGCAAUUCGCAGCGUGCACGGACGAGCUCUUCGCGGCACCAUGCACCGACCGCUUCUUCAUGACGUGGCUCUCCCCGCUCGAGCAGUUCGGUCGCCGCGAGCUCCUCGUCCUGGAGAGUCUCUUCAGGUGGCACCGCGAUGGUUGCCUCCUCGUCGCCUCCGAUACCAUGGACUCCACGGGCGGCAGGGACAAGCUGAGGCCGUUCCUCGAGCGCGGCUUCCGCUUAGCUGUCGCCUCGCCGGACUUUGCCUACCUCCUGAACGGUACGCCCGCCGAGGCGUGGCUCGGCGCGGUCCAGCGCGGCCGCGUCAGCCUCGGGAGCAUCCCGCUCGGCCAGAACCUCUCCAACCUCCUCCGCCUCGCGCUGCUAUACAGGUACGGCGGCAUCUACCUCGACGCCGACGUCGUCGUCCUCAGGCCGCUCUCCGAGCUCCGCAACACCAUCGGAGCGCAGGCCAUGAACGAUGCCACGGGCGACUGGAGGCGACUGAACAACGCUGUGAUGGUGUUCGACAGGGCACACCAGCUGGUGCACGAGUUCAUCGCCGAGUUCGCCGCCGCGUUCGACGGGAGCAAGUGGGGCCACAACGGACCGUACCUUGUGUCCCGAGUGGCGGCGAGGCUACGCCACCUCAGCCCGGGGCUCGCCUUCACGGUGCUGCCGCCGCGGGCCUUCUACCCCGUGCACUGGAGCAAGAUCGGCGGGCUGUUCGUUGCACCCAAGGAUAGGAAAGGCGAGAGGUGGGUGAAGGCCAAGGUGGAGAACAUCAAAGGCCAGAGCUUUGGCAUCCAUCUUUGGAACAGGGAAAGCAGUAGGAUGGAAAUGGAGGUGGGGAGUGUUAUUGAAACGCUGAUUUCAGACAGUUGCCUGUUCUGCAACUCCUCCAUGUUUGUAAACCAAGGAUAGGAUAACAGGAGAUUCUGCACAUUUGCAGCUGCAUUCAGAAGAUGAAAUGAGAGGUUGGUAUUUUGUGAGAUG